AUGCGAGUAGUUAUAGCUAAUCGUGGCGAAAUCGCUAUCCGUCUUAUAAAGGCGUGUAAAGCGCAUCCGGACCUGCGGCAUAAACUACAAGUCGCCUCUACAUCCCUCGCGCGUUUGGUGAAGUAUAAGUCGGCUGGAACUGUAGAAUUCUUGGUUGACGACAAGACGGGCAAUUUCUACUUCCUCGAGAUGAAUACGAGGCUACAGCUGACAAAGAUUGUUCUCGUGAAAUUUCAAGAUGUCGUAUCCGGCAACACUACCACUGGAAUACUUGACCACUUCAAUUACCAGUUCUGCGGCUUAGAGUUCAAGGAUGGUGGACUCUACACCACUGUACAGGACUUUCCCGGCCGGCCCCACCGGGAAAGCGGCGUUCCUGUUUCCGGCCCAAUGGAUGCUCUGUCAUUUCGAAGGCCCUAUGAUACUAAAGAGUUCAUCACAUCAGAGGGAAGACAGCGGUUCUUCGAGACAAAGUGGAAGGUAGCUUUCAAUUCAAGCCGUGGUGGCAUUCGACUAGAUGGACCGCCUCCCGAAUGGUCUCGGGAGAGCGGCGGCGAGGGUGGCAGUCACCCAAGUAAUAUGCUAGGCUACGGAUACCCGCUGGGGGCUAAGCUUCACAGGUGA